GCGGCCCGGCCGGGGCGCGGAGAUCCCCGCGGAUCGCUCCGCACCCCCCGGGAAAGGUGCGCCGAGGGGAUCGGCGGGGGGCGGGGGAGGAGAGGCAGCUGCAGCUGCCGGGGAGGAGGCCCGGCGGAGCGGCAGCAAAGUCAUCGCUAUCGGCCCCCCCUCGGCUGGCUUCGGGCUCGGCGCUCUCCAUGUCUCUGGCUCUGGGCAGCGGCCGCCACAGCAGCGAGUAGGGGGGGAGGAGGAGGAGGAGGAGGAGGAAGAAGAAGGGAGCCCGGGAGUGCCUCCCUCCCUCCCUCCCUCCCUCCCCCCGGCAGCCCCGGCCGCCUCCCGUCCCCUCGCCCCGCGUCCCUGCCUUCCCCUCCCCAAGAUGGGCUGUUUAGGGAACAGCAAGACGGAGGAUCAGCGCAACGAGGAGAAGGCGCAGCGGGAGGCCAACAAGAAGAUCGAGAAGCAGCUGCAGAAGGACAAGCAGGUCUAUAGGGCCACGCACCGGCUCCUCCUGCUGGGUGCUGGUGAAUCCGGUAAAAGCACAAUAGUCAAGCAGAUGAGGAUCCUGCACGUGAAUGGAUUUAAUGCUGAGGAGAAGAAAAUGAAAAUUCAGGAUAUUAAAAACAAUAUUAAAGAAGCUAUAGAGACAAUAGUGACAGCAAUGGGCAAUUUGGCACCUCCAGUGGAACUAGCCAAUCCAGAGAACCAGUUUCGAAUCGACUACAUCUUAAAUUUAGCAAACCAGAUAGACUUCGAUUUCCCUCCGGAGUUUUAUGAACACACAAAAACCCUGUGGCAGGAUGAAGGUGUGAAAGCCUGCUACGAGAGAUCCAACGAGUACCAGCUGAUUGACUGUGCCCAGUAUUUUCUAGACAAGAUUGACAUAGUCAAACAGAACGAGUACACCCCGUCUGACCAGGAUCUUCUCAGAUGCAGAGUUUUGACAUCAGGAAUUUUUGAAACCAAGUUUCAGGUGGAUAAAGUAAAUUUCCACAUGUUUGAUGUUGGAGGGCAACGAGAUGAACGCCGAAAAUGGAUCCAGUGUUUUAAUGAUGUGACUGCUAUCAUAUUUGUGGUGGCCAGCAGUAGCUACAACAUGGUGAUACGAGAGGACAAUCAGACCAACCGGCUGCAGGAGGCACUAAACCUCUUCAAGAGUAUCUGGAACAACAGGUGGCUACGGACCAUUUCAGUAAUCCUUUUCCUGAAUAAACAAGAUUUGCUAGCAGAGAAAGUUUUGGCAGGGAAAUCUAAAAUUGAAGACUACUUUCCAGAAUUUGCUCGCUACACUACACCAGAUGAUGCAACACCAGAGCCUGGUGAGGAUCCCAGAGUUACAAGGGCCAAGUAUUUUAUUAGAGACGAGUUUCUUAGAAUCAGCACAGCAAGUGGAGAUGGAAGGCACUACUGCUACCCUCACUUCACGUGUGCCGUGGACACAGAGAACAUCCGGAGGGUUUUCAAUGACUGUCGGGACAUUAUUCAGCGCAUGCACCUUCGCCAAUACGAGUUGUUGUGAUGGAGAGCACUUUUUUCUGUGUUUUGGACUCCUUGUUCCUUAUUAAAAAAAAAGAAAAAAACACCCUUGCCCACAUAGGGUGGAAGAGAACUGUUUGAAUCUCCCAUUGAUUUGCACCCCUCAACUUUUUCUCCUUGCUGGACAAUAGCAGCACUUCUAAGCUUGCUUCUGUACCCCUCGGACAGUUUGAGAUGGCCCCUAACACUUAAAAGGCCAUUUCCAUGAGGAUUCCCUAACACUGUUAUUAACAAAAAAGAGAGAAAAAACCAAACCAAGCAAACAAACAAAAAAAAAAAAGAAAUAAAAACCUAAUUAAUUAAAAGCCCUGAAUGUGGAGCACCUGAAAGAAUUGGGGAUGAAAAAAUUAAAACGUUGAAACAAAAAUUGGGGGAGAGAAAACUUUAAGUAAUUUAGCACUGCUGUGGGCAUAAUCCUAUAACCCGUGAUCUCCACUUUGUAUCACUCACUGCAUCCGAGUAACGAAGGUGCCAAGUCACAGACCAAGGUUGAAGACAGACCCUUGAGUUUGGUUCUCUGACUGUAAUGUGGCUUUGGGCGGAAAUACUGACAAUUCUCCAACAGACCUAGACAGUGCAAAAACCAACUGCUACCUUUCAGAAGGGUAUUUUUAAAACCAGUCUUGGUGGUCUAAAGACAACCAUGGACAUUUAUGAAUUGAACUGCGUAUGGCCUGUGAUUGCAGAAAGAGUUAACCACACACUGUUUUCAGUUUGUCCACUGAUGAUCCCGUCUGCUCUAAAAAUCAUUAUCUAGACUGUAGUCCUCACAGUCUUUCCCUUCUUUUUCUUCUUCCCUUCCCUCAUUUUUUAUUUUACUGCUGGAUUAUUAUUCUUGUACAGACUGUAAAAUGUAUUAUUUUGUACAACUUUAUUGAAAAUAACUUGUAGAAGAUCUUUGUGCCUUGAUUAUGGCUGUACCUGUACAAUGAGCUAAGAUGUAAGUAUGUUUGAUUGCGCUGUACAGCUUUGUCAACCCUAUCUGCAGCAUUAGCUCAAGGUAGGGAAAAUUUAUCUGUAGUUUAGUUUUUCUGGUUUAUAAAAGAAGGAAAAAUACUGUUUAGUAAAAAAAAAAAGGAAAAAAAAGGAAAA